AUGACUUGUGCAAACCUCGCCCCCCUACCAUUCGAGCUAUGGGGCUGCAUCGCCUUCUAUUUGUCCAAUGCCGAUAUCAAGACUUUACGCCUGACAUGUACUCUAUUCUACAACGCAGUCCCUCUACGCCUUGACCGUGUUUUUCUAUCCGCAAACCCACUCAACAUAGAGGUCUUUCGCAAUAUUGCAUCUCACGAGAAGUUCCGCCAUUCUGUGACUGAAGUUAUCUGGGAUGAGGCACGCUUACCACGGGGUCCCAAACGAAUGGAUCAAACUGAUGAGGGUCACGAAUUACUCUCAGACGAAGAUGAGCCCAAUAACACCAGAGAAUGGGCUGAACAUUACCACGACUACUUUAAAGAGAAACUCAUGGAGCGACAUGAAUAUGAUGAAGAGAGCGCGUGCCCUAUAUGGUUCAAAGAAGUCUGUGAAGAAAACCUCCGCAUUAUAAGGAACCGCAAAUAUGACGAUAAAGAUACACCCGAAUAUAUUGCGUGUAGAGCGCAGAUCCAGGCUCAGCCUCCACUGGGGCAAUGCUGGCAACAUUAUCAACAUUUGUUGUGUCAGCAAAAGGAUGUGCUGGCCGGAGAUAGCGACUACGAAGUAUUCUUAUUUGGCGUGAAACAGUUCCCUGCUCUGAAAAGAGUUACCAUCACACCUGCAGCCCAUGGUUACCUCUUCUCUCCGCUUUACCCGACCCCAAUGAUUCGAGCAUUCCCUAAAGGGUUUAAUUACCCUAUUCCACAUGGUUGGCUGUACACUGAAGAAGAUAAACCUGCCACUGCGUACGCGUGGAAUCAUUACCCUGAGCUCAGAGCACAGUAUCGGGGCUUCCAAACCGUAAUGCGAGUACUCGCCAAUGAACCUAAUUCUGUUUCUGAGCUCGUGAUGACUUCCAGCUUCCUACCUACGGGAAUCAACUGCACAAUGUUCGACGAGCCCUGCGAAGAGUAUGAUCAGUUUGUCAAGGUGUUGAAAAACCCAGGGUUUCGUCGUCUUGAUAUCUCACUCCUUGUUGGCGGAGAAGUGGAGUCAGACCUUGAAGCAUGCUGGCGAUCUCUUCGGAAUGGUCGUCUAUGCCAUGCACUACGUGGCGCAACAGAAAUGGAGGAGCUCAGGCUGCACACAACAUACGAUGAGGAUAUUCAUGCCGAGGGACAAUACCCACGGAUAUCCUUGAAUGACAUCGUGCCCGUGGAAAAAUGGUCGAAGCUGCGCCACUUUGAACUCUCCGGCUUUGUAAUCUCAGAGGAUGAGUGCAUUUCCUUUCUCCCCACCCUGCCAAAAUUCAUCCGAUCUAUUGAGCUUACUGUGAUGGAAUUCCAUGAUCUUGGGGACUGGCAUAGAAUGCUCAAAAUGAUCCGCCGAAUGGUAUUUGACAACACAUCGUGGCGAGACCUAAAUCCAAUCUCCAGACCCACGAUUAAGAUUGGGGUGUCAGAUUCGCUUGGGGGUGGCCCCCCCGAUUAUGGAGUUAUAUGGGCUGAAAAAGAGGUAGAAGAUUUUAUCUACGAUGAUGGGGAAACCACUUUUAAGGAAUCAGCUCCCCUUGAAUCUCCAAACGGGACCGGAACGCUGAAGGAUUUACUCGAUCCUACCAUUGGACGUCCCAAUGUAGGGCCGUUUGAAGUGAUAAGGCUGGGCAUUUACAGGAAUAAUUAUGAUGUCUAUACAUACUGA